AUGCCUAACAAAGUAGUAAGCAAAUAUUUCUCGCCUGGAACUGGAAUGGAUGAUAGUCUAUCGGACUUUAAGGAAAAAAAGAAGUAUAAUACUGGUCCAAAGAAUGUGAAGAAAACUAGAAAUACUAAGAAACCAAAACAUACACGAGGCCAGAAAGAUAUACGAGCCCUGAUCAAAAAACAAGAAAAUGAUGUGUUGGCUUAUUCAAACGAUUUUAACAAAAUAUGCAAGCAAGUAGGUGUUGAUGUAGAUUCUGAGGAACUACAACUAGCUAUUGCACUAUCAAAGUCACAUCAUGAUGUAAAGAAAGAGAACAGCUCAGAUAUAGAAUCUAACAGCACCGAGCAGUUGACAUCUCAACAGAGAAUACUAAAAAUUAAAACAACUUUAGAAGAAUAUGGAUUCAGAGUUCCCAAAACAAAAAUAACAGAGACAAAUAGAAGAAAAAGAUACAAGAAACAGUAUAAACUAUUGCUGACAUCUGAAACAGAAAGACAACAGAUUAUCUCUGAUAAGUAUUCUGAAGUAUUAGCGAGAAACAUCUUUGAAUCUACAAAAGUCUUUGAAUGUGAUUAUUCUGACAAAGAGCUUUUUUACAAAGCAACAAAUAUUGCUUACGAGCACAUAAAAAAUGAUGAUGUUUACUAUGUAACAGAUUUAUUUGAAAAAUCAUGUCAUAAAAAUUGUCUUUUAAGAAAUUGGUCUGAAAUACCUGGUAGACCUUUAAGUCCUACAGUUGAAGUUAUUGACAUUAACUUUGAUGAUAUAAUAUGUAACCAACAUGAAUUAGAUUGCAUAUUAAGUGGAACAAUAUUUGCAGCACAACAGAUAGUUACUAAUAAAAACCAAGAUAUUAUACAUAAUAAUAGGACUACUAUAGAUAAAACUGACCAUUUAGAAUGUCAUGAAUCUAAACCCUUAGAAAAUGAAGUUGGGCACAUAGAUAAUUUAAAUGGAAUUAAAUUAAUCACAGAAAAUAUUGCAUUAAAUGAAACCAGUUGUUAUACAAACUUGAAUACCAUGUCAGUCUCACAGAUAAGAUGUGUUUCUCCAGAUCUUUUUGAUGAUGAAGUAUCUGCAGUAAUGGAAUCUCCAGAUAAUGAUGUGCAGCUUUCUGGACAAACACUUUCAAAGGGUGACAAUAUUCACACAUAUUGUAUGGAUUUAACAGAAUGUGUAAAUAUUGACUCUUCUGAUUUACAUGCUAAGACAAAGCUUCAUACUAAUAAUGAAAUUAGUAUCACUAGCAGGAAGUCUAAUGAUUUGAUGGAAAUAACUGAAUGUGUUUCUUCUACUAGCUCAAAACAAAUAAAUGUUGAAAACAUUGACCUUACACAGAGCUCAAAUGAGUCAGAUAAACAAAAUGAUGACAUUCUCUCUCAAAAUAAAAAUAUUGAAGUUAUGGAUCUUACUCAAGUUAAAGAUUAUGAUCCAUUGCCAGCGAAAAUAAUUUAUACUGAAAAAAAUUAUUCUCUUGAUGAUACAAUAAUACUGGUGGAUGAUGAUACAACAGUACUAGUGUAUGAUAGUUUGAAAAUGCAACCACAAAAGCAAAAUUUGACUCUAAGAGAUCUCCCUGAAUCAAUAUGUACUGAUGACAUUGACAACAAUGAAGCCAACUCCAGUAGUGAAAAAGGUAAAGAUCAAAGGUCAGGAAAUAGUUUCAAAGAUCAUUUAUACAACAAUACCUAUGAAAGCAACUAUGGUUAUAAAAGUACUCUUCAAAAUAUAGGUGAAGUUAGUGAAUAUGUAAAUGAACUAGUUGAACAUCAACCAGGUGAAUUAGACUUAACUCAGAGUUCUAACUCAUCACAAGGCGAGAUGUUGACAAAUCAACCUAUUUCAAAUUAUUCAACUUAUUCAACUAGUCUCGGUAAAAGAGACAAUAUGUCAAUAGAUUAUGAUGAAAUCAAUGAAGUAAUUGGCAGUGAAUACAUAAAGAAAUCUAAUGAUUGCAGAUAUGUAAGUUGUUCAUUAGAAAAGGACGCCAACAAAGACAUUGCCUCAAAUCCUAAUAAAACUUCAAAAGCAUUUGAAUGUUUGGAAAAUGAAUCAAACUAUGAUUUACAUCAAUCUAAACAUUGUAUGAAUACUGACUUUAGGUGUUCUAUAGCUAUGAACGAUGAAAAUAGUUCCCUAAAAGAGGAUGCUUUUAAUCCAAACCUUGAUACUGUAUCAAAUCCUAGUAAGAGCUCAGAAGUAUUUGAAAUUUCAGACAAAGAAUUUAAUUAUUCUGUACAUCAGUCUAAAUAUGAGAAUUUCGACUUCAGAGAUGUUUCAGUUAUGAAUGACUUUUCACAUUAUAAAAAUCAAUCAAUAGGAAAAAGCUGCCAUUUCUCUACAUCAAAAAAAAGAUCAUUGAGCGAAAGUAACUUACUUAAAGAGAAUAUUAUUAGCCCACAUAAAGAACAGUCUCAAUCACAAAAACUAAAUUUUAAUAGUGAAACAUCUAAUGUGAUAACUAUUCCAAAAGAAAAUAAUAAGAGUAUAUUAAAUACGCCCAAAAAUGGCGAGUACAUAAUAAAAACUAAUGAAGUAACUCCUAUGCUGGACUAUGCAUCAAUGUCUACACCUGAAAGACACAAGGAAUUGGAAAAAUAUGGACUCAAACCUUUCAAGAGAAAAAGAGCUAUACAAUUACUAACUUAUCUGUACAAUCAAACUCACCCAGUAGUAGAGUCGCAUGACGAUUGUCUGUCACCAUCCAAACGGCAAAAGAGGGAUGAUGGAGACAAAAAAUGUAGUUCACCAAAAAAGACAUCUAAAAGUGAACUUUUACAUUUUAUAAACAAGAUAUCUAAAGCUACUGUUAAUCCUAUACAACCCAUACCUGAAGUGAAUAUAGAGAAUGAUUUAUAUGCUAUUACAACCGAGCAGCCAGAUAUCCGAAAUAUUGAAUGUAAUACUGAAGAUUGGUUCUUUCAGAAAAGGGAGAAAGCUAAGGUGUAUUCAUGUAAGGUUCCUUUACAUGUGGCUUUCCACAACUAUGUGUCAUGUCGGCGGCGGCUAAGGGAGGCUAUAUUGCGUUAUGAACCUGUGAACAUUGAUGUCAUACAUAAAGACCUGGUUGCCACUGGAUACAGGUACAAUCCUAAGGAUCUAUUAAAAUUCAUGGAUAGAAAAUGUAUCACAGUGAAGACGGCUGACAAUUCAAGAAAUAAAAAAUCAUAGCAUUUAUUGUUAGAUCUAGACUACCUACUUGGAAUAUAAAUAAUAUAAUAUUUUAUAACAUUUACAAAAAUGACUUUUUUAAUUAUAACAAAUCAUGAUUUCUGUAUUGCGACAGUGCACUGUCACAGCAAGUCUGUCUUAAAAUAAAAAAAUAAAAAUAAGUCCAGGGAAUGUAAACAAUUAUAAUAUUACUAUAUCUAUCCACGGAAAGAAGUUAGUAGGAUAGCGCUCUCUUCAUUACGUAAUCCCAUGCAAAUGACA